AUGCACAACAAAUUUUUGGCACAUGUUGCAAAUACAGAAGAAACUACAACGCAGAACAAUCCAGACCGUCAGUUGGCGCUGGGAUUAAGCAAUGCUGGCGCCUGUUCGAACCGUUUGUCGUUUGCAGUGUGCUACAACGUAGCACACAACUCGAACUCGACAGGAUGGCUGAAACCUCGACUCACCAUGGCGAUUGAUUGGGCUCCUAUCAUCUAUUACGGCUUGCUUCCACUCAUGGUGGUGAUUUCCUCCUUGGCUGGUGGGUGGUGGUUUCUUUUCCGUGGUCGUGGCAAGGUCAAGAUUACUGCAGAAUCUGCUUUCAUCAACCUUUUCCAAGAAGGCAUUUCAACCAAGCCUUUGUCUUCGAGCAGCUUGCUGCGAAUGGCUACCUACAAACUCGAUAACCACAAGUUUAUUACGAUUGCUGUGGGGGAUACUGCUACCUUCAAGGAUCCAUUUGGUGCCAUCGUCAAUGCCUGCAAUGAAGGAGGUGACUGUGCUGGUGGCAUGGAUAGCUCCAUCUCGGAUCACGGAGGCGAUAUUUUGGAAGAAGCACGCAGAGCUCUUCCUCCCGUUAGCCACAAGCAAGGAUUGGGUUCAACAGUCAAAUGCAGAACUGGUCAUGCCAAGCUCCUUGGGCCCAACAAGUUUGGCACUCUCGGCACUGAUUACGUCAUUAUUGCUGUUGGUCCAGACUACACGGACGUCACCAAACAGAAUGAAUCCAAGCAAGCUGAGUACGAUCGAAAGCUUCGUCAUGUCUACACCAAAUCAUGCAUUCUUGCUGCCGAAGCAGGUGCCCCCAAGAUUGUCUUUCCCCAAAUCAGUGGUGGACUCUACCGUGGCAACCAGAAGGAUAAACACCUUGCCCGUCAAGCUAUCUUGGGUAUUGGAGCUUGGGCUGGAAAGAAGGAAGCGGUCUCUGCCGUGUUGGAAGAUAUUAUUUUCUGUGUGAAUUCCAAAGCCACGGCCAAGAAGAUCAUUGCGGUUGCUGAUGAAGAGUUUGAGACCAAGUUGAAAUCGUCUGUUGCCGGUAACUAG